AUGGCUUGAAUGAGAGGUGAAGAGUCCGGCUCUGGUUGAGGAGAAGCAAGCUGUGACACAGAGUUGGAAUUGGAAUUGAAAAUAAGAAGAAGAGUGAAAGAGAAGAGAAAUAAAGAAUUUAAUAAAGAAAUACGUUGAGAAAGGUGAGGUGUGAAAAUGAGCAGAGAAGUGGAGGGAGAGAUCGUGGCGGCGGUGCCUGUACUAACCAGGCUCAGAAGGGAACCGGAACCAGAACCAGGACCAGAACCAGAACCAGACCCUUUCUUGUCACUACGUAGAUGCUUCAGCUUCGUUACCGCUUUCUCUGCCUUUCUUUGCGUCUCCAUUAACCUCUACUCUGCUUUUCUCUCCUUCAACCGCCAAUCCGAUGUUUUUUACGGCAUUUUUCGGUGUUACGCCGUUUUCAUCGGGGGUUUCGUGAUUCUGGCCGAGACGGAUUGGGACUUCAUCAUCAAGUUCUCGAAGGUUCUGGAGAAUUGGGUAGGCAGGGGUAUGGUGCAGAUCUUUGUUGCAGUCAUGACAAGGGCUAUCCGUGACUAUUGUGGAGAGCGAGAGGAGUUUGUUUAUCUUCAGAGCUUAGCGUGCUAUAUGUUGUUUACUUGUGGCGUAAUUUCCGUUCUGUUGGGAAUCGUUGACAUCGGUUUUCUGAAAAGUUAUCGCCAGACGCAGGAGAUAUCUAGAGAGCAAGCAACCAAGGAUCUUGAGGAGUUGGAACGGCGCAGAGAAGAACUACAACGACUGCUUGUAUGAUAGAAUAUGUUUGAACUUUGAACCUUUCGAAAAAGUGUUGAAAUUGUCUCAUUUCAGAGUCGUGAACGAACCCCCAAAGGCAACAACCUACAAAUUUCUGUUUACAGAAGUGUUGUUAGUUAUUGGAUCGUUUAAAAGCAAUAUUCAAAAUGAUUUUUUCAACUUCUAUUCUGAAGUAUAUGAAUUCAAUCAUAAUUGAUGUUUACAUAUGUUCUUUUUUUUUUUAAUAUUUUUGAAGAAUGAAUUCAUACAGCAGUUUGAUUGAUGCUGUUCUU